GUGAUUUGGUUAAACCGUUAGUAAACCGAACUAAAAUCUAUAUUGUUGUUAUUCGCCAAUGUUGAGUAUCGUAGAAAUGAUGAGAGGCGCCAUUUUUCAAAGAUUUAAACUUCGAGCAUUCUCCUUCCCCUGCCUUGAUUCUCACGUUGUUCAUGGGAGUUGCUACAGAAGCUUCUCAGCUGCCACAGAGCUCCGGAGUCGCGAAGUUUCGAUAUGUAAUCACUUGCAAAACCGUAGACUCGACGAGGCUCGAGAGGUUUUCAAUCAGGUUCCGUCUCCUCAUGUGAGUCUCUACACCAAGAUGAUCUCUGGAUACACGAGGAACAACAGAUUGGUCGAUGCGUUGAAUCUGUUCGACGCAAUGCCUGUGAGAGAUGUUAUCUCAUGGAACUCGAUGAUCAGUGGCUGCGUGGAGUGUGGGGAUAUGGAUACUGCGGUGAAGCUGUUCGAUGAAAUGCCUGAGAGAAGCGUGGUUUCGUGGACAGCGAUGUUGAAUGGGUUUCUUAGGUCUGGGAAGGUUGAGCAAGCGGAGGGGUUGUUUUAUCAGAUGCCUGUGAAAGAUACUGCAGCGUGGAACGCGAUGGUUCAUGGGUAUUUACAGUUUGGUAGAGUAGACGAUGCUUUGGAGUUGUUUGAGAAAAUGCCUCGGAAGAAUGUGAUUUCUUGGACGACGAUGAUCUGUGGGUUAGACCAGAAUGAGAGGAGUGGAGAAGCUCUUGUUUUGUUCAAGAACAUGUUGAGUUGUUGCAUUAAGGCGACUUCAAGAACAUUCACUUGUGUAAUCACUGCAUGUGCAAAUGCUCUAGCGUUUCAUAUGGGUUCACAAGUUCAUGGCUUUAUUAUCAAGUUGGGGUUUUUAUAUGAAGAAUAUGUAUCUGCUUCCCUCAUAACGUUUUAUGCAAACUGCAAAAGAACAGAGGAUUCGAGGAAAGUGUUUGACGAGAAGGUUCAUGACAAAGUUGCUGUGUGGACUGCUCUAUUGUCAGGUUAUAGUCUGAACAAAAAGCAUGAAGAUGCCUUAAGUGUUUUCUCAGAGAUGUUGAGAAACAGUGUCUUACCGAAUCAGUCAACAUUUGCUAGCGGAUUAAACUCUUGCUCUGCUUUAGGAACGUUAGAUUGGGGUAAGGAGAUGCAUGGCGUUGCAAUGAAACUUGGUUUAGGAAAUGAUACCUUUGUGGGUAAUUCUCUAGUUGUCAUGUACAGUGACUGUGGGAAUGCAAAUGAUGCCGUUAUGGUGUUUACUGACAUCUUAAAGAAGAGCAUUGUCUCGUGGAAUUCAAUAAUUGUUGGCUGCGCGCAGCACGGGCGUGGUAAAUGGGCUUUUAUCAUAUUCGGUCAAAUGAUUAGAUCAAACAAAGAGCCAGAUGAGAUUACUUUCACUGGCUUGCUCUCUGCUUGCAGCCACUGCGGGUUUCUACAGAAAGGAAGAAAAUUUUUCGAAUACAUGUCAAGAGGACCAAAUCACAUCGAUAGAAAGAUUCAACACUACACUUGUAUGGUAGAUAUCUUGGGAAGAAGCGGGGAAUUGAAAGAAGCAGAGGAGCUUAUCGAGAGCAUGCUUGUGAAACCUAAUGAAAUGGUUUGGUUGGCUUUACUCAGUGCUUGUAGGAUGCAUCAUGAUGUUGACAGAGCCGAGAAAGCUGCUGCUGCCAUUUUUCAGCUGGACUCAAAAUCAAGCGCUGCUUAUGUCUUGUUGUCUAAUACAUAUGCUUCUGCUGGUAGAUGGUCGAAUGUAUCGAAAUUGAGAAUAAAGAUGAAGCAGAAGGGGAUAAUGAAGAAACGUGGGAGCAGUUGGGUUGUGUUUAAAGGGAAAAAGCACGAGUUUUUCUCAGGUGAUCGACCAGAUAGCUUGAGAAUAUAUGAGAAGUUGGAGUUUCUGAAAGAAAAGUUGAAGGAGCUUGGCUAUGUACCUGAUUAUAGAUCUGCUUUACAUGACGUUGAAGACGAACAGAAGGAAGAGAUGUUGUGGUAUCACAGUGAGAGGCUUGCUAUUGCGUUUGCGUUGGUUAAUACAGUCGGAGGAAAUGCAGUCACAGUGAUGAAGAAUCUACGAGUUUGUGAAGAUUGUCACGCAGUGAUUAAGCUGAUCUCAAGAGUUGUGGGACGUGAGAUUGUUUUAAGGGAUCCAACUCGGUUUCAUCAUUUUAAGGAUGGGAUAUGUUCUUGUGGGGAUUAUUGGUAGAAAUUAAAAUGAUUUCUCUUUACAGAUAACUCAAGACACUAAUGAUCUGCGCUGCAGCCAAACCCGGAACGUUUUCAGGUAUCAAUAGUGACGCAGAACGUCACAAUUUGAUUCAGGAGACGUUACUAUUCAAUGAUGACUGAGAAUUGAAAUAAGUAACUCGAUUCGAUAGUUUUGUUUCGUGUACUUCUAAAAGUCGCUGGCUGUAUAACUGGUCCAGGUAGAAUAACGUAAUGACAUGUGGCUUCUGAGUUCUGAUUUUUGUAGGAGGAGUUGUCAGUACUAUCAUUUUCUCUGCCUUCACACUAUAACAUUGAAUCCAAAUUAUAAGCGGGAGCGUCUCAGAACUAGAACGAGGAUCAGAUGAAGAAGUAGAAGUGGAAGUGGAAGUUAAAUUGUGAAAGAAUCUGAACAGUACCAGAACCUGGAAAACUGCGAUUUGAGACCCGACGAUGAAGUUCAGAGCUCAAGUUUCAAAUCCUUUGUGCUCAGAUAGCUCCGGAUGGAGGUUGAAGCAGCAGGUUUAUUACAGAGCGAUUUCCCUACUAAUACUCGGAAUGGUUAUACUGACCAAUUUCAAGACAGGUUAUGGUGCUGAGAAUUGAUAUUCCAUGUGGAUGACUAGGCCUUAUAGACUGAAGCUACUUAUUUAAAAGUGUGUUAUGCAAGGGUUUUGGACCUAUAACCUCCUAUUCAUUCAGAAAGCAAGAUAAUAAUAGUUCUUGUGUUGAA